AAAUAGCCUGCUCCCGCCCGCCCCCCAGGUCCUCUCCUAACGUACUACAAUAUCCAUUAUAUCCGACCAAUUGAACUAACGUACCCGGCUAAACGGCAAGAAGCCGAGUCCCACUUAGCUUACUUUGAUCAGACUGAAAAGUGAAAAGCUAAACAUUCUUGUCCUCGUUGGACCAGCUUGAAAGCACGAGCACAAAAAAAAGAGUUUUAGGGAGAAAGUGCGACACAUUUUUUUUUUUUUGAGAAUGUGGCGAAGCUGAGCAACAGAGGACGAGCAGCAGCUGCAGUGGAGAGGAGACAUUUUAGGACUAACGUUACCUGCCUGCACACAGCAAAGGGAAGAGAGGAUGUUGUCUCGGCUGGGUGAGCUGAUAUGGGCGGACUGGAUUUGGUUUCCUGAAGGCCACGGCUGGGCAGAUCUGAAGGACCACGAUGGCAUUGUUUUCCCUAAAACACAGGACCUCUGGGCUACUAUACCCAUCGCCCUCUGCUUCCUGGUCAUCAGAAAGAUAUUUGAGAGGACGGUAGCGACACCUCUCGCCUCCCUGUUGGGAGUCAGUGACAAGCAGCGUGUUCGUGCUCGUCCAAAUCCUGUCCUGGAGUCCUAUUUCUGUAGCACAUCAAAGCAUCCCACACAGAGCUCCAUAGAGAGUUUAAGUAAACAGACGGGCUGUUCAGUGCGACAGGUCCAGAGGUGGUUCAGGCGGCGGAGAAACCAGGACCGACCCAGCAAGCUCAAAAAGUUCCAGGAAGCAAGUUGGAGAUUUACCUUUUACCUUCUUGCUUUCUUUGCUGGCCUGGCAGUCCUUAUUGACAAACCAUGGUUUUAUGAUAUGAAGCAGAUGUGGGAUGGCUUUCCGAAAAUGCCACUGUUGCCUUCACAGUACUGGUACUACGUGAUCGAGCUAGGCUUCUAUGUCUCGCUGCUUUUUAGCAUAGCAUCGGAUGUCAAACGUAAGGAUUUCAAAGAGCAGAUAAUUCACCAUGUAGCCACCAUUUCCCUCAUCAGUUUCUCGUGGCUAGUCAACUACAUCCGGGCAGGGACUUUGAUCAUGUUAGUGCAUGAUGCCUCUGACUAUUUAAUGGAGUCAGCCAAAAUGUUCAACUACGCAGGUUGGAGGAAAACCUGCAACUUCAUCUUCACCAUGUUUGCUGCAGUUUUCAUUGUCACUCGCCUCGUAAUCCUCCCUUUCUGGAUCAUAUAUACGACGUGGGUGUACCCACUGACCCUGUACCCACCCUUCCUCGGCUUCUACUUCUUCAACGGGCUGAUGCUCGUGCUACAGGCUCUGCACAUCUUCUGGGCUGUGCUCAUCGUGCGCAUGGUCAUCAAAUUCCUUCCAGGCAAUGACAUCGUCGAGGACGAGAGGAGCGAUAAAGAGGAGACCGAGUCGGAAGAUGACGACAACGGUCGCGAGCAGAGGGGAAAGUUUAUGAACGGCUACGUACAGAACGGCCACUCUCUCCUCAACAACAACCACAAUAAGAAGGACUAAAUGGACUGUGAGAGCUGCAGAUGAGGCUGUGUGAGGAGUGACGAUAAGCCCUCACAUGUGGUCCUCACCUGAAAGCCAAAGAUGGGAGCCUGGCAUGUUGAAAUAGGCAACAGGCGGCAACACACACGGCAACACACACACACACACACGGCAACACACACACACACACACACACACACACACACACACACACACACACCUUUACCCUCCUUUCUGAAACCCUGGUAGUCCAAAGUGGAUAAUUUUACUUCUCUCUGGAUUACAUUAAGUUAAAUCGAGAGAGAGAGAGACUGCGGUGAAGAACCACAAUGAUCUGCUUAGUACCUAAGCAGCAGAGUGUUUCACACACCUCCUCCUCUUUUUCUCUCCCCUCUGGUCUCUUUUGCUUUUCGCUAAGAGUUUGUGCUGUUGCCACAUGCCAAAUCUGCCUGCUUGUAGCUUUAUGGUUUUUUUUUUCUGGAAGUGUUUUAAAGAAAUGCUGUGGUUAGGAUGGGCACUUCCUAGUCAGUUAAAACUCUUCCAAGUAUACCAGCCUUUAAACUUGACUGAUUUUUGCUCCAAAUAACCACACCGAAGUCUGUGAUAUGGCGAGGAGCACUAAGUGAAAGAUGUCUUUCUAUGGACCAUAACCUGAUUUAAGUUUAUUUACUGAAGUAUCAGUUAAUAAUGAAUUUGUGCUAGUUAGUUAUUGCAGCCAGUUUGUCACUUUGGUUUUUCUAAAAUAUAUAUUUGUUCCAAGUAUGUUUGAAACAAAAAAGAAUUGGAGGUAAAUAAUGUUUUUAACAGUCUGGAAAAAAGUGUGAGAAAGUGCUACAUCUGCCACUUGUUGAAAUGUGCCUUGUGUGGAAGUUUGUUUUAAAUGCUUUGCCUUUGUGGGAAGCAGAAUGCACAUCAUUUUAAUGUUUUGUUUAUGCUUAAUAUACUUUUUAGUUAUUUUUCUUUUAGACUUUCUUUUGCUUUACAUUUUAUUUGUUUUGAGUCCAGUUGACAGUUUAAAUUUGGGAGCAAUUUGUUAGAGUGUAACCCAAACCAAUCAGUAACUGUUUAUGAAUUCUUUAUGGGCUGAAAGAGUCAAUAGCAUUUCCAUUGAGUGUUGUUUUUCCCAUCCAUCCAAAGAUGCACUUUAUGGUUUCCUCAGUAGAUCCCCAUUGACUAACUAUCUUGUAAACAAGGUUAGUAAUGUUUGAUUUCAAUUCAAACCUGAUUUCUUAUUAGCUUAGAGGGUAUGAUUUCAAUUUCAAUUUUGUUCCAUGUUUAUUUUUCAUUAUCUGCCCGAGAUUGUUCUCGUUGUCAGUGUUUUGGUUUAUUUUGUAAAAAGAAAAAUAGGUUUGAUGAAAUCUUAAGAACAGAUGUAAAAAUGAAACACCAUGGUAUGGUUUACAUUUUGUACUACUUUGUAAUCUGCAAGUGCCUUUAUCAUUUCAAGUGUUGUCAAUUGAAAAAGAAAAAAGGUUAUUCCUGUCCCUUUUGUCUUUAUCCGUGCACUGCAACGCUCUGCCUCUAACCUUUCUGCCUCAGCUCACGACGACCAAUCACCUGCAGCUCCUUCUAACGAGCUUUGCUUCUGCAGAAAGAGGUUUUAUUCUGCAUUAUGUGUUGCUGAGAUGUAAUAUCAUAAUGACGAUGAUGAUAAAGAUAAUUUUGGAUAACUA